AAGACAAAUGAACGUCAGUAAGGAGAACGACGCCAACUCACAUGGACGCUGGAAAGUAUUGUUUCUUUGUGCCAUUUGUUAUUUGAUGUGGUUUUUAAUUGGUAUUGUCAACUAAAUAAUGGACUAUUCUCAGAAAAAUCCCAGUGUUAUAACAUCAAAUUUGCAAAGUUUAUCUGAUGGCAUUGGGGAAAUGAAUUCAAACAUAAAAAAAUUGCGUAAAUUGAAUCAUCAAAUGGAUAGUUAUAACAGUUCGGCCUGUUUGUAUUUGGUAUCAGUGGAGAAAGUAACCAGAAUGCUGGAUAAGAAAAAAACACCUGAUAAUUUUUA